AUGCAUUUCUAUCAGCUGUUUAGAUGUGCCCAUCGUGUGUGGGAGCCAGCUAGGGUUGUGACUGGACUCUUCUCCCAUUGUACCCCGACUUCCGUGAAUACUUUCUCCACUUCCAAUGUAUCUCCAGCUUGUAAGAAAAGCAGUCCAUACAGUUCCAUGGACAGCAGACGUUACUCUACACUUGUUAAGUCAGUUGUGCUUAAAAUCCUUCACCCGUUGCUUAACCGCAACAGGGCAUUUGAAUCUGGCGAAACUGAGCUUGGGUGUGUGAUCCAUAUCCUUCAGCAGACACUAUCCCCGGAACAAAAGUUUUACCUGGAGAGGUGUAAGAGGAAGAUGAUCACUCAACUGGUAGAGGACAGCUUUAAGGAAUACAAUAUGAGUAAGCAGGUGUAA